AUGGAAAACAAGCUUGAAGCAAAAGACAAAAGCAUUCAGAAAAGAAUACCACGUUCGGUACCAAAAGGAAAGGAAAAGAGUUAUAAGUAUAUGAUAUAUACUGAAGAGUUGGAGAAAGAAGAAGACAGUGACAUGGUUAUGUUGCAUUUAGUCAGAAGAAACAACAAAAGCUUUUACGACCUUGCUAAGAUUUACAAAUCUGACAGAAAUUGGUUCUAUCGCGAAAACUUACCGAUUUCAAUGACCCCAAAUGAAGAUGUGAAACAAAUAGUUCAAGAUACGUUACCUCAAACACACUAUGAUAUUAAAGGUUGUACAAUUUUUACCUUCAAAGAAGACUUAACAUUACUGAAAGAAAAGAUAACAGAGUAUUUUGACAACUUCAAACAAGUAGGGUAG